AUAAUCGCCAUGGAAACGGAGCGAUGACCACGUUAUCGGAAGGUGACCCGCGGCGCGUCUAACUUUGAUCGAUGAGUUUCACCCUGGAGAAUACACAGUUAGGAGCCGCCGGAAAGCAGUGACCAUGCUCCAGACGACCAAGUCAGCAGCGGAGGUGGCCUCCAGGCUGAGUGGAGUGUUUGCUGUGUACAAACCUCCGGGGCUCAGCAGUGACAAGAUGAUCAACACUAUCAGGGAGAACCUGGGGAAAGAGAUCACAGCGACGUUCCCCUGGGUGCCACACAGACAUGACUACAGGCUACUCCCCUCUCCUGAGGACCCAAACCAGCUCACCAGGGUAGACGUCCCAUCACUCUACAAACAUCCACUAGUGAAAGGCCAUGAGAAAGUACCAAUGUUCAGUCAGUUCCCUCUGGACAGACUUUCCUCUGGUGUUGUAGUUUUAGGAAUCAGGGAUGGUAUAAAGAAGGUCCGUGCCAUGUUCCAUGCUCACUACUCCAGGCAAUACAUAGUAGAGGGAAGGUUUGGCCUGGCUACAGACAACCAUGAUGUGUCAGGGAAGGUGGUGGAGAGGACAACAUAUGAUCACAUCAGUGGUGAGAAACUGGCCAGAAUUGUGUCCUUCUUACAGAGGAGCCACCAGAACCUCACCACAGAAUAUGCCGGAGUAGACAUCCAGAGUCAGGAGGCGUAUGAGUUAGCGUCCCAGGGUCUACUGCGACCUCGGAUGACCUCCCCGCCCCUGGUGCUGGCCAUGAGGUGUCUGGAGUACCGACCACCUGACUUCACUCUGGAGAUCCAGUGUGUCCAUGAGACCCAGCAGUGGUUGAGGAAGUUGAUCCAUGACGUGGGACUGGAGCUCAGGUCCACCGCUGUGUCCACGAAAGUCAGGCGAACUCGGGACGGAUACUUCACCACAGAGGACGCACUUCUCAUUAAACACUGCAGAUAUGAGUACAUCACAGAAGCCAUCGAGAGAUCCAGACAUUUGGUGUCAUGGAAGAAACUGAAACCUGAUGGAAACUUUGGUAGAAAGAACACUGAAAGUGAAAAUGAGGAAGAUAGAUGACAAACAAUGAUACUGUAGAUGUUGUUGCUAAGAUACUAACCAUAACCCAUCAAGAGAUCC